AUGUUGGUAUUGAGCACUGAGACGGCUACUGUAUCGGGGUAUCUCUACCAGAACCUGACGGUCCAAAGAGCUCAGUUUGGAUCAUCUGCUCAAGAGUUCUUCCAAGGGAUCUCAGUGAACUAUCUAUUCAGCCCACGUGUCCUUGAGCAGUCAAUCGAUAAGACGGCAACCAACGCAAACUUCUCAAACACUUACGGACUGCAAGCCGGAGAUCUUCUGUGGGCUCUGACAGGUGUAAAAGCCCAUGAAGGGGGCAAUUUGGGGUACAUAGAAGUGAUGGAGUAUCAGUCGGACGGCAGUGUGCGUCGAGAAAUGAUCCCUGAAUGCACGAUAUAUCAGAUUCCCUUCUCGCUUUCGCAGGCUACCAGCGUGUCAGCGGGUGCGCUUGUGCAGACAAUAGCGAAGCCUGCCUACUUCAACCCUCCAUACAUUAUCGAUUCCGAUGAUACAUGGGUAACAAUGUCGAGGACAUCCGACUUUGCAGUUGGAGACAUCGUGAGCGAUGGCUCUUCAGCUCUCGAAGUGACAGCUAUCAACACUGCAGACAGCAAAAUCACAUUAAAAAGAUUGUUUGAUGAAGAUCAAGAUCCUCCUUACACAGGGUACCUUGUGAAGAUUGAGGGUCUGAGGCUCCUCAACUCAACUCUUGACACAGACGUUAUGGACCCUUCUGACUCUGCUACCUUCAGCAUCUCCUUGCACACUCUAGUCUCAGACUUCUACUCCCCGGGUGACUUCGUGUGGAUAUGCGACGGGUCUAGAGGCUUGUUUCGAGUACAAGCUGUCGGAGAUUACUCCAUGGACGUUACUCCAUACAGUAUUAUUCAAGGAAUAUCAUUCUCAAAAGACAAAGCAGUAUUGUUCAAGUACGAGAGAUUUGACGUUCUGAACGGUGACGCGUUAUCCCCCGGUGACAGCGUCAUGUUCACGUGGGGUUAUGUCAUAUUCAUGUUGUUUGCUUCUGUCGAUCUGUUAAACACGGGUGGCACAGCACAAGUCAUCUCAUCCUCUGCGAACGAAGUCCGCCUCACCUUCACCUCAGGAGGAUAUGGCCCAGACCAUACUAUUGCAUGGUUUUAUGACGUACAUUUCACCCAUCAGCUACUGCCGAUCUCCAAGAAGAGCUUCGCCACGUCCAAGCUUGCUCUAGACAUUGACUCGACCGUAACGCGCGUCAUCCUCUUCGACGCCUCCGGGUUCCUAGCCGGCGACAGCAUCGUCAUCGACGAUGAGAUCAUGACCAUAGACAACCUCAACGGCAACCUCCUCCAUGUCUCUCGAGCUCAAGCAGGCACCGCUCCUGCUCCUCACAAGCUCGCUGCAUCAGUCGCAUGGACCGCUCCCAUAGCCAAGACGUCCUCGCCAGUGUCUGCCGUAACUCCUAUGACUCGGCGCGACCAGCACCUGAGAUACAUUGCCCAGCAGGGCUCCAUCGCCCUUCCCAGCUCGAUCUUGCAGGCCUCCAGCAGCUACCAAGACGUCUGGGCACAGCUCGACGAGGAGAUCAUCAUGAUCCGGCAGCCCGCCUCAGGUGUCGUCCCCGAGGAUGAUCGCGGGCUGAGAGGAACGUCGGCGACUGCUCACGUGACCAACACGCCCUACAACAUCCCCAACGCGGUCUUCUCCUGGCAGCUCAACGUCAGGUCAAGUCUGCUGGGCUUGUCGGGCUUCUCAGCUCUGCCUGUGUACAGCAUGAACGCUGCUGGAGUGAUCGCAGUGUCAGGAGUCCACGUGCUGUCGGGAGGAGCCGGAGUGACAAGCCAGCCAUCCUUCCAGCUGAGCCUCAACAGGUUCAUCGACAGCGACGCCCAAGGGCAGGCGGUCGGAGGAGCGACUUACUCCUACCGCCCUCUGAUCCAGCAGACUUACCUCGGGGUCGACCUGACAAACAAGUUCACCAAGAGACUCAUCAGGCCAACUGUGACCUACCCCGUGACGUACCAGCCUUGGAGGUUCCCAGCAGACCCUCUCCACUUCCAGGACAGGAUGGACGGGUAUGACCCGAGCUCAGACAGCUCACUGCUGUCUCCUACCAACGGCUCCAACGCCAUCAACGCCAGCUCUCCGAUCCCUCACGAGCCAGGCUCGCCCGUGUUCGUGCUCGACUCCUUCGGUCAGAUGCUCGGCGAUCAGGCUGUACCCCAGCAGAGCCUGUCGGUGUCAGACGGCGGCGCGUACUCCUACUCCAUCACCAGCCGACCGUCCGUGCUGGACUCUACCUGGAGCAGCCCGGCCCUGCUCAUCGUGUCGACGUCAUCGGCUACGACAGCCGACAUGUACUUCAACGACACCAUUGCGGGCUCCUACUCCAACGGUCAGAAGUCCGCUCUGCUUUCUGCUAGCAGCAGGAUGUUCGCUUGGAAGACAGACCCGCGCAAGCUUGCUGUGAUCGUCGGGGCCUCAGCAGCAGCCAUGUCUACACAAGCAAAUGCAAGCUCGUCGACGACUCCAGCAGGAGGUCAGAACAUCGGAGCCAUCAUCGGAGGCGUCAUCGGGGGCGUGGUAGGAGCAGGUCUGCUCGGCCUGCUCGCCUACAAGCUCCUCCUGCUCAAGGCCGUCGGCAAGGCAGUAGACGUGGAGAUGGUGCCUGUCUACCUGCCUCAAGCCUAUCCUGCCCUUGACGUGGAGUACGCCGCUGCAGCUGCGAUGCCUGUUGGUACUCCAGCGUACGGCCAGCAGCCCAUGGCUCUCGGCAUGUGA